AUGUUUGGUGGUCUUAUAAAAUCACUGUCCCAGAAUACGGAAGAGUCAACCAGGAAGUUGUUAGAGGUCAGCGACAGGAUCAAGCUGCUGGAGGAGGAAGUGACGCGCUACCGAGAAGAGUCUGGGAAGUCCCAAGCCGAGGUGGAGAGGCUCAUGGGUAUCCUGAGAGAGCAAGAGACGGAAAGAACCAACAAGGAGAAGAAGAUCACUGAGCUGGAGAGGCAAGUGAAGUGUCCAAACAUCCUUAAACAGAUGGUUUCAGGGGAGAGGAGGCCAGAUGGACAGACUGACGGACAUCCACACUCCAUCUCACAGCUGGAGGAAAUGAUGAACGCCCUGGAGAAGACCAGGCAGGAGCUGGACACCACCAAGCAGCGCCUCUCCAAUACCCAGCACUCCCUGCAGGAGCGGGACGGUCACCUGACCAACCUGAGGCUCGAGAGACGAAGACAGCUGGAGGAGAUCCUGGAGAUGAAGCAGCAGGCUCUUCUAGCUGCGAUCAGUGAGAAGGAUGCUAACAUAGCUCUACUGGAACUGUCCUCCUCUAAACGUAAGAAAUCACAGGAUGAGGUGAUGUCACUGAAGAGAGAAAAGGACAGGCUCAUGCACCAGCUCAAACAACAGACCCAGAGUAGGAUGAAGCUCAUAGCAGACAACUAUGAUGAAGAACAUCUACACCCUCAUCAUCCUCACCAACCCCACCCGGGGGUACACCCUGCUCACCCUGCUCACCCACACCACCGGACCCCUGCAAGAGGACCACCCCACGCCAACCACAGAGCCCCAAUGGACCAGGAUGAUGAGGAGGGCAUCUGGGCAUGACCGUCGCCAUGGGAACUGAAGCUCCAAUCAAGAGAGCUGCUGGUGAGCCGGGUUUUGAACCAAACACACACUCCUGUUCAUCCCGGUGGAGCAGCUCUACUGAUCCAGGGACCAGACUGGCUGCAGCAGAGUCCCAGGAUCCUGCCCACCUGCCAUGGUUGAAGACAAUCCUUUUCCCGCCUUCCGUUGCAGAGAUGCUGUCUUUCCUCCCAGUGUUUGACAAUCAGAGAGCCGAGACUCGUAAAGUCCCAUGACCUCCGAGGCUCCGUUGGACAUGUAACCCUGACUGUUUCCACUGUACUUAUGAACUACGACUUUAACUCUCCAACAGUCAACCAAUCAUCUCGCUGCCCCUGCCAGGUUCACUGACUGACUGAUAAAUCCUAGACAACAAACUAGUCAGCCUAAAAACCAGAAGGACUAAUCAGAAAGGACCAUUGAGAGUGACCAAACAUAAUUUUUUUGUGUGUCGUUUUUUUAGAUAGUUUGUGAGCCCUUGAAAGACUAUGGGAGAGAGCAAAUCCUGAUGUGGGUUUGUUUACGUAGCCGCAUACGGAUAGCAUUAGCAUGGUCCACAACAUGGACCUCAGAUCCACAUGGACCUUCUCAAUGUACCGUGCCAAAGGAACCACUCCCUGUCAGCAGAGAGACACUGAGAGGGGAACCGGGUUCCUAUUACUCUAGAACCCUCAAAGAGAACUCAGAGAAGUGUUCUGUGUAUGCUACCUUUCUCUGAAUGUUCUUAAGUCUGGAAACACUCCUGUCAUCCUAUCACUGGACAGCUCUCUUGCUUGACAGUGCUCCAGGUAGACGAUGUCCAUAGGAACUGAUCUAGGAUCAGUGCCCUUUCAAAAUCCUUAACUAUCAAGUGGGAAAACACAACUGACCUCAGACCAGUGUCUAGGGGCAACUUCGUCCCUCUCCGGGUGAAGGGUAUAAACUGUGACCAAACAAAACCCUCUGAGGAAAUCAAACUAGGAUCUGUUUAGAGGUUGUUUUUUCUCUUGUGUUUUUCUCUCCCCCUGCUGUACUUUGUUUGACUAACGAGUAUCAUGUUGUGUUUGUUUUUCUACAUCUGAAACAGAUUGAGUACUGUUCUCUUUGAGGUUUGUAUCAGUUGUGUGUUUCUGCUUGUGGGUUUAUUUAGUAGUGUAUUUAUUGACUAGUUUAAUUGCAACAUGCAUUGGAGUGGCAGUAUUUAGGUAUCCAUGUUGAAGUCAGCACUCCCCAAUCAUCAUUUUGGAAUCAGAGUUUGAGGAGUGCUGCUUUCAGGGGACGAGUUGUCUAUACAUAUCAGUUUACUAGUGAGGAUGUCGUGGUGUUUGAAGGUGACAUGAUCUCCGUUCUACUGAACCAGCAGUAAGUGUUUAGCUUGUACAGUUGUGUGUGUGUGUGUGUGUGUGUGUGUGUGUGUGUGUGUGUGUGUGUGUGUG